UUCGCGGUGGUGAACGUCUCGGUGGGGCUCUUGGGGGCCCUCGCCUACUUCCUCACCUACGUGGCCUCCUUCCACCUCGCCUACCUGUUCACCGUCCGCAUCCACGGCGGGCUGGGCUUCCUUGGGGGAGUCUUGGUGGCCCUCAAGCAGACGAUGGGGGACAGCACCGUCCUGAAGGUGCCCCAGGUCAGAAUGAAGGCUGUCCCCGUGCUCGUGCUCCUUCUCCUGGCUCUGCUGCGGCUCACCACCCUCGUCGAGAGCAAUGUACUGGCCUCGUACGGCUUCGGGCUCCUCUCCAGCUGGGUCUAUCUCCGUUUCUACCAGCGGCACAGUAGAGGCCGUGGAGACAUGUCCGACCACUUCGCCUUUGCCACUUUCUUCCCCGAGAUCCUGCAGCCCGUGGUGGGUCUGGUGGCCAACCUGGUGCACGGCAUCCUGGUGAAGGUGAAGGUCUGCCGCAAGACGGUCAAACGCUACGACGUGGGCGCCCCGUCGUCCAUCACCAUCAGCCUGCCAGGGACGGACCCUCAGGAUGCUGAGAGGAGAAGGCCGCUCGCCCUGCUUCCAUAG